ACCAUCACAGCCUAGCAUUUGCCACCCACCAUCACAGCCAAUACACACCAACCAACCACACCGAGCUCGCCAAUGGAGGCGACUUCGCUGAGCAUCGGCAAGUCCGUGCUGAAUGGAGCGCUUUGCUAUGCCAAUUCCGCUCUGGCGGAGGAGGUGGCUUUGCAGCUCGGUGUCCGCCAUGACCACUUGUUCAUCACCAACGAGCUUGAGAUGAUGCAGGCUUUCUUAGAGUCUGCUCAUGACGAGGGAGUCGACAACAACAGGGUUGUGAAGGUAUGGGUGAAGCAAGUUCGAAAUGUGGCGUACGAUGUGGAGGACACCCUCCAGGAAUUUUCCGUCCGUUUGGAGAAGAAGUCCUGGUGGCGUAUCCGCCGCACGCUGCUAGAUCGGCGCCGUGUGGCCAAGCAGAUGAAGGAGCUCAGAGCCAACGUGGAGGAUGUCAGCCAGAGAAACAAGCGGUACAACCUCAUCAAGGGCUCUAGCUCCAAGCCUCCCACCACUGGUGACCAGCUUGGCAUCAUGGGUGAAACAAUGUCUGGCAUCGACGAAGCAAGGCGGCAGUGGGACAAAGCACAAGUGGACCUUGUUCGAUUGAUCAACAAGAAGGACAUCAACCUUAGAGUCAUCGCGGUGUCGGGAGCAAGGGUGGGUGAGCUCGGGGAGACAUCCAUCAUUAAAAGGGCCUAUGAAGAUCCAAAGAUACACAAGAAGUUCGACUGCCGAGCCUGGAUCACCGGGUUAAUGUAUCCUUUCGAUUUAACCGAGUUCAUGCAAAGCAUCAUCGAACAACUCCAUUUAAAUUUUCUUCAAGUGUCUCGAGAAAAACAAGAAGUAAUUUUGGAGGUGCAAGUUCUGAGGAAGAUGCGGAUGAUGAAGGAAGAUGGUUUGGUUGACGAGUUCAUGAGAUUCAUGAACGAAAAGAGUUACCUAGUCGUACUUAAUGACAUACACAGCAUUGAAGAGUGGGAUCAUAUUAAACCAUGCUUCCAGAACAACAAGAAAGGAAGCCGCAUCAUAGUCUCUGCACAUCAAGUUGGAAUCGCGAGCCUAUGUGUCGGGACGAAGGAUGCAGCGCCAGAGCAUCAGCAAUUGUUCAUGAAUGAGAAUAUGUAUGCUUUCUACGAGAAGGGUUCUCAAGAUGGAUCAGAUUCAACGGAGGCUGGGACUAGCUCAAUUGCAGAUAUUUCUGGUAGUGACAAUUCUGCCAAUAGGAAGAUGCUCAGUCGUACAGAGACGAUAAUAGCAGCUUUCAAGGAAUCCCAGCUCAUUGGGCGAGAGACAGAAAAGGCUGAAAUUAUCAAACUGAUUACAACUGAAGAUAGCAAACUUGAAGUGAUCUCCGUGUGGGGAAUGGGUGGCCUUGGAAAAACCACACUAGUGAGAGAUGUCUACCAAGAUGAAAAGCUCGGUGGCAAGUUUGAGAAGCGUGCUUGUGCCACAAUUAUGCGCCCUUUCAAUGUUAACGAGCUCCUCCAGAGCUUGGCUUCGCAGUUUGGCUAUAAGGAUGUCCCAGAAAUGGACAAAGAAUUACCAGGAAAGAAAUUUUUGAUUGUUCUUGAUGAUCUAUCAUCCAAUGCAGAAUGGGAUACUAUAAUAUUACACUUUCCUGCAACAGAGAGAUCAAGCCGGAUCAUAGUCACCACAAGGGUAAAAGAUAUUGCCUUACAUUGUUCAAAGAAGCAUGAAAAAAUUUACAGACUCCGAGGUCUUGAAGACAACAAUGCACUUGGUCUAUUCACCGAGAAGGUACAUAUAGUGUGUGCGGUGACCCAGCAUACCACUGCAUGUUGUAGUAUACAAGUCGUUGAUAUGAUCUUUGUGAAGGGGCUUCCUCACAAAUUGCCAUAUCCCUCAGAGUGGUACAACAGAAACAUUGCAGGUCAUAACACUCCAUAUUUUAUUACAAACAUUGUCUUACAAGUUGGUAUUCUCACAGGUCCUAUGAGAACACCCUAAGAUACUACUAAAGUACAAUUACAACUCAUACUAAAGAUGAAAAGAGCUCAACAACUUAUUUAGGUAAGUUCUACGUUGCUCGGCUCUAAGAUACUAGGGUAUGUCACUACUCCUCCACCUCCGAGUCAUCUGGUCCGUAGACUAUUCCAUAGUCCACGCCUUCCACUCCGCCGGUAAGAUCAGGUUCAUCGUAGACCAACUCGUAGCUUCCUUCUGGUGCUCCAUCGUUGAUAGCCUCCACUUCGGGAUCACAGUCUAGCAAGGGUGUCGAA